AUGAAGACGCAGAACAUCAGGACCCUCUCUCUCAUCCUCUCCAUUGUUUUCUACCUCCUCAUAGGAGCCGCCGUCUUCGACGCCCUGGAGUCGGACAACGAGAGUUCGAGGAGAAGUGCGCUGGAGGAGGAGCUGAACGAGCUGAAGAAGAAGUACGGCUUCACCGAGGAGGACUACCGGGACGUCGAGAGGGUGGUCCUCCAUUUGGAGCCGCACCGCGCCGGGAGGCAGUGGAAGUUUGCCGGCUCUUUUUACUUCGCCAUCACUGUUAUCACAACAAUUGGUUAUGGCCACGCCGCUCCACGCACUGACGCUGGCAAGGCCUUCUGUAUGUUUUACGCAGUCUUGGGCAUCCCUCUGACCCUGGUCAUGUUCCAGAGCCUGGGCGAGAGGAUCAACACCUUCGUCCGCUACCUCCUGCGCAGAGCCAAGCAGGGCCUGGGUCUACGGAAGACCGAGGUGUCCAUGGGGAACAUGGUCCUGGUGGGUCUGCUGUCGUGCAUGAGCACCCUGUGCAUCGGAGCCGCAGCCUUCUCCCACUUUGAGGACUGGACCUUCUUUAAUGCCUACUACUACAGCUUCAUCACGCUCACCACCAUUGGAUUCGGGGAUUUUGUGGCCCUGCAGAAGACGGACGCCCUCCAGAAGCGACCCCCCUAUGUGGCAUUCAGCUUCAUGUACAUUUUGGUCGGGCUGACAGUCAUUGGGGCUUUUCUUAACCUGGUGGUUCUGAGGUUUCUCACUGUCAGCAGCGAGGAGCCCGAUGCGAGGCCUGAGGCGAGGGUAGAGGAGCAGGGAACGCGGGGGGAUGGGGAGGUGUCGGGGGCGGAGGCAGAAACUGCUGGUGUUAGCGAUGGAGACCGCGAAGACGGACACAGCAGCCUGUUCAACCUGAGCCUUCCCAUGGAGGCGGGCUCCAGCUGUAUGAAUCUCCUCGACUCUCCCCUAGAGGAGCGCAGACUUAUUUUAUCUGAACACCCAGAGCUCUCAGAACCCAGCAGACUCAGGGCCUGGUUCUCCUGCAUGUGCUGCGGCCCGGACAUAUACCAGAGCCCAUCCCCGCCUCACAGCGACCAGGCGGGCGGCCACAGCAACCCUGUCUUUUACAACUCCAUCUCCUACAGGGUGGACCAGGCCUCGUGCAGCUCCUGCACCGCGUCGUCACAGUCCUCCCCCAGCAGUGCAACUCUCUGCCUGGUCAAGAACAAUCCUCACACCAGGAGGAAGUCGUUAUAACUCUCUGAACCUUUUGACUUAGUGGCCUUUAUUUUGGACUUUUUAUACACACCCAAGACCUCUGAUAUUCUGCUUGGAGACUUUCCCAGUCAUGAAUGUAGCAUUACUUGCCAAAAUUAAGCAUAUCAUGAAAAUCCUUUACAGUUUAUAAUAUAUUUUUCACAUUGAAUAUUACUGCUAAAGAGAAAUAUGUUAAAGAAUGUAUUAAAGUAUGUGAUACCUAUGUUUUCCACCACUACUGUCCCAAUAUAGUGUUUGUUAUGUAAAAAGUAUCUGCAGAAAAUGUGUGAAAAAAAAUGUCUGGGAAAGGCUUAGUUAUCUGCAUCAAUAAUUUAACUGUCAUACUUUCUGCAGUGUGGUCACCUGUGACCUUCAGUUAUUUCUGCUCAGUAAUUAUCAGCUUCUCCCGAAAGGAACGUACACUCCGUCGCUCUGUCUGGUUCCCUUGGUAACGUUUCCAUCAUCAUUGCUUAGUGCAGUGGAAAACUGGAGACAGACACGUACAGUACAGUGAGCGAUGAUUGUCUGAAAGCAGCAUCCAGUGCAGACCGCGUUCUCUGUGAUGAAUGAGUGUGUCAACAAAGAAAAGAAAAUGAGCAGUUGCACUAAAAUGUCGCAAAUGAGAAAUGUCUCCAAAUGAGUGUUAAUUGCCUUUUUUAGAUGUGUGGUUAAA